AUCCAAACACCGAGCAGAAAAUGGUCUUAAAGAACAUUACCAUUCAUAACCAGUGUCUAGAAUGACUUUUACUUUGGCUAAUUAAUUUAUUGCCUGCAUUGAUCUCAAGAUUAGUUCUUUAGAAAAAUACACUGUAUUUCCCAGAUGGCCUAGCCCCAGAUUUGUACAAAAGAAACUCCAAAUGUUCAUUAAAAAAAUAAAUAUAUAUACAAUAAAUUCAGCUUCACCUAAUUAUGUAAAGAAUAUGAGCUGCUAACUCAUUCCCUCAUCUUCUAAAACCAGAUUGCACUGUAAAAUGGAAAGUAAUCACAUGAGUGUAUCUCCUCCCAUUUGAACUUUGGAAACCCUCUGCCGUGGCGUUCCCAACAUGAGUAGUCAUUCUUUCUGUUCUACACCACGUCUGCCUCUCAAACUGUGCUCUUCAGACUCUGUAUUACAAGAGCGAUGCUGCUGUUAUGGAUAGGACUAUCUCUCACAUGGUCUGGCACAAUCGGGUUUACGAUCCACAGCAUGAAGGCAGGUCUGUGUCUAGAGGACUCGUCUGAAGGAGUUGUUAAGUUAAGGUCAUGCAGUCUAGACUCUGUCCUGCAGCAGUGGAAGUGGACAGAUCACUGGUUCCUGGUAAACACAGGCACCCUGAGGUGUCUUUCUGCCAUCCACACUGACCCAGUCCAGACUAUCGCUUGUGAUUCUGGUGAACAUGUCAAAUGGCAUUGCAAAGCUCAACAGCUCAUCAGUCUGCAAAACUCUCUGGUAUUGAGCAAUGAGGGAGGAAAACUCAGACUGAACGCAGGUCAACAUGACACCUGGAAAUCUCUGGAUGCAGGUGACAUCUGCCAGAAUAAACUGAGAUCCAGAAGAGAAAGUGAUUUAGAGGCCGAUGAGUUUGACUUUGCUGAAGGGCCGCCUAAACAAGGAAUGACAGAGGCACAAAUGAAGUUUUUACAGUGGUAUUACCGCACAGAGGACCCAACAUCGUGGAAGUUUGGCAUGCUAGCAUUUGCGUCUCUGGGUAUUCUGAUUGGUGCGAUGCUGUUAGUCAUGGGCAUGAUGGCUAAUAGGAACAGGAAGCGAAUAGCCAAAUACAAAGCAGCCUCAAAAGCCACAGCGGUGGAACCUGAAAUGGAGGAACUGCAGGCCAUCGUCACUGAUAAGGUCACAGAGGUCAAGGAGGAAAAAAAACAUUUUACCCCAUCUGAACCAAUUACUACACAUAACUGCCAUAGGGAAUGGGAUUGGGAAGAUAGCAAAGCCUCAGAGGGACUGAAGCCCGGAGAAAUUGUGGUGACCUGGAAGGACGGGAAUGUGUCUACUCUGUAUCCUGAACCUGCGGAGGAAGGACAAGGGGAAGAGGACGUCCACAACACAAAUGCAGAGUCUCUGUCACAAAACUCCUCCCAAGUAAUAGCUUCAUCUGAGACAACUGCAUUAUAAGUCCUAUUGUUUGUGAUCAUUUUAACACUUUAUUCAAGAUGGCAUCGGAUUGGUUGAUAGACUGUUGUAGAGUCAACCCAGGACUGUGACCACACCCACGUGAUUCAAUUUAGCGGUCAAUCAAAAUAUAUAUUUUUUCUUUUACAUUGGCAGCCAAAAAUGUUUAAAUGUUUUAAAAGAAAUUACAUAGCGAACAGUUAUUUUAAAUGCUUAUAAUAUUACUGCUGUACUGUAUUUUGUUUUAAUAAAUGGUGCGCAUUAGA